CAUCGUUUAAUUAAGCCCACCCUCAACAAAAACAACAACAUUACCACGACCAGCAGCACCACCAUCACGUCGCCUAAGACCUGGAAGUGGCGAUCUCCACCACUUCGUUUAGGCGGUUUUGAUUCGAUAGCGAUUUGGUUGCAAGUCUUAUUGUUCAUUGUUUAUGGCCUUAACAAUGUGGCUAACGGCGAAGGAAAUGUUGGUUGCAAAUUUGUCCGUACCCUGUGCUUGGAAGGGAGUGAAGUGUGCUUCGAUGACAACAUCUUUGGAAAAUGUAUACCAACCACUGGUGUCGAUAUGGAGGACAUUGAAAAGACCCCUCUCACGGAAGACCAAUCACGUUUACUCGCCACUAUGCUCGAGGAGUUGCAGGGGGCCGGGUUAGGCUGGGACCAUCCAUAUGUCCAAUGUCGCAUACAGGGUUCAUUGUUUUCGAUGCAAAAGCAAAUCCAACUACCUCCCAAUCUCUGUGCUAAUCUGGCGCCCAUGCCAACCGACUUCGAUGGACCAGCUGAUGCCAUGGCCUUUGUACGUUUCAUACCACCGGAAGAGGAUUAUGCGAAUGCGAAUAAACUCUUGUACCCGCCUCUAAAGAAACACUGGUCUCCAUCGGGUUCGAGUGGCAUUAAUGCCAUUUUACAACAAUUACAACUGCAGGAUCGUCAGGUACGCAAUGACCCUCUGGAACUUUCCCAGUUGGGAGAAUUCGAUAGGCAUCGUGAAUCGCAAAUGAAUCCUCCCAAUGUUAUGGAUGUGUUUUUGGAAAAUGAACGGGCCCGUAUACAAAGGGAACAGGAGCAACAGGAGGCCCAAUUGGAGGAGGAACGUAAAGAGGCGGCCAGGAAUCGUUUGGAAUUAUAUCAGAUGUUAGCUGCCUCAGAACCGGAUCCUCAGCCAUAUGAAAGGAAUUCCGAACGUAUUGCCGAGCAAAUGGAAACUGUACCUCUGCCUCCGUCUGUGCCAAUUUAUGUUCCGGAAGAACCUAGCGAUGAUUCCAAUGAAUUUUAUUUCCCCGAAAAUUAUGGACCCCUCAAGCGUACAAGUCCUCGCAAAGGUGUGGCGGCCAAUGAGAAACCCUCUCGGGAACGUUCUUUCUUCCGUGAAUUGGCACAAGAAAAGGGAUUGGAACAAGAACCUCCUGUUUACAGCCACAUUCAGGCAGCCGAACCUCUAGAGGUCGACGAAAUCUCAGCCUUUAAAAGACAACCUCCCCAUCAAAUGGACCCUGCUGAAAAUGACAAUCGUCUGGACAUAGAAGAAAGUCUAUUCCGCAACUCCCUUACUCCUCUCGAAGAAGAAGCAUUGCUGUCGGCCAAUAUGCAUCCACAUCGUCAUAAACAACAUCGUCCCGAAAAGGUUUAUACCGAAGGUGGUCUCAUAACCAUGAAUGAAGUGCCCGGUUUUGAUGCUGCCUACAAUAAGGAACAGCGUAAAGAGAAGGCUCGGGAAUUAUUGGCAAAUAUGUUGGGUUUUACCCGCCACGAACGUUUGGAUGUUAAGAAACCAGGACCAAUGUUGGGUCCUCCACCAUCCGUUAAAGAGGAUUUGGUGCGAAAGUCGAACAGUACAGCGUCAGAGGCGAAUAACAACAAGGAACAGCUACCGGCCCAUAUUAAGGGCAGCAAUGAGGCAAGCAAAAAGAAGAAAGUCGUUAAAAACCACUCGGAUGAAGAUCAUGCACCGCAUACUGUCGAUACUGAGUAUGCGCAUGUGUUUGUUAAAAACCCCAUCGACAGUUGGAAUGAUGGCGUGCGCAUCGUAAACGAGUUGGCAAAUAUUUUACACAUGCAAGGAUACUUUACUUAUUUAACCGUUCUACCACAUGAAGUCUCUUUCCGGGUGGACUCAAAUAACCCCGAACACAAGACGGCCAUUGACAUUGCCCGAGCGAUUAAUGAAAAUCGUGGUGUCAAAAAUAACAUCCUUCGUCGUCUCGGUGUAACCGUACUGAGUGCCGGUGUUGGUGAUAAAAUCAAACGCGAUGAAGACGGUAGUGUUUCGGCAGCACGUAUUGAGCUGGCUGAUCAAGGGCCCGAUGUUACCCACAUUAUGGUUUACAUGUUUGCGGGUGCUGGGGCAGCAGCCAUUAUUGUUAUAUUUGUAACGUUGAUCCUGAUAAAACGCCAUGAUAAGAAACGCGAUAAAUUGGGUGGUAUACAGUCGGGUAUUGCGGGUGCGGAAAGUUGCACUAAAGAUUAUCAGGAUUUGUGUCGUGCUCGUAUGGCGGGAGGUAAGGGAAGUAGUACUGUUGAGCCGGUAGCAAGUGGACGCAUAACAUCACUGAGUAAGGAUAAUGAAAGGCCGCCGUCGUCACGAUCCAGUACCUCUUCGUGGAGUGAAGAACCGGCCCUUACGAAUAUGGAUAUUUCGACGGGACAUAUGGUGUUGUCUUACAUGGAAGACCACUUGAGAAACAAAGGCCGCCUGCAAAGAGAAUGGGAAGCAUUAUGUCGUUAUGAGGCCGAACCCAGUGCUCGAGAUGCUGCAUUACAGCCUCAAUGUGCUAAUUUGAACAGACCUGGUGCACCCUUGCCCUAUGACCAUUCUCGUGUAGUCUUAAAUCAUUUGGCCAAUGCUGAAGGUUUGGAUUACAUUAAUGCUUCGACAAUUACCGACCACGAUCCCCGUGCCCCUGCUUACGUUGCCGCACAAGGACCCAUUCCCUCUACACUGGCCCACUUCUGGCAAAUGAUUUGGGAACAGGGUGCCGUUGUCAUUGUGGCCCUGUGUCGUUUGCAGGAGAAUGGCGAAAUUGCAUGUGCCCGUUACUGGCCUGAAGAAGGUGCUGAGGUUUAUCACAUCUAUGAGGUCCACUUGGUUAGUGAACACAUUUGGUGUGAUGACUAUCUGGUCCGUUCAUUCUAUCUGAAAAAUCUGCGUACGAGUGAAACUCGCACAGUGACACAGUUCCAUUUCCUAUCAUGGCCCCAGGGUGGCGUACCACCACAAGCUAAGGCGUUGCUGGAUUUCAGAAGAAAAGUAAAUAAAUCCUAUCGCGGACGUUCCUGCCCCAUUGUGGUACAUGGCAGUGGUGGUGCCGGUCGUACAGGAGCAUACAUUCUACUGGACUUGGUAUUGGGACGAAUGAAUAAGGGCGCUCGAGAAAUUGAUAUUGCGGCAACACUGGAACAUUUGAGAGAUCAACGGGCGGGUUUGGUGGCGACACGGCAACAAUUUGAAUUCGUACUGAUGGCAGUGGCUGAAGAGGUGCAUGCCAUACUAAAGGCUCUACCGGCAAAUCAAUCAAAUGAAAAGAAAGAUGUGGAAACAACACGUGAGACUGGAGUACUGAAAGAGGAAGAGGAGACAACGACAACAGGAACAGGAGCAGCGGCGUCAACAACAUCAACACCCACCAAUAGCAAAGGCAAGGCAUCAACGACUACGGCUACGGAGGAUAAGGACAAAGAUAAGGAAAAGGAAACGAAACAGCAGCAGCAACAGACACCGGCAAAGACGACAACGGCAAAAUCGGCAUCGCCGAAAGGCGAUGCUAAAAAGAAAUAA